AGAGGCGGCGCAAGCCAUGGCCGGAGACAGCGAGCAGACCCUACAGGACCACCAGCAGCCCAACGGCGGCGAGCCCUUCCUGAUCGGUGUCAGCGGGGGCACCGCAAGCGGCAAGUCGUCGGUGUGUGCUAAGAUUGUGCAGCUCCUGGGACAGAAUGAGGUUGACUCUCACCAGAAGCAGGUGGUCAUCCUGAGCCAGGAUAGCUUCUACCGUGUCCUUACUCCAGAGCAGAAGGCCAAAGCCCUGAAGGGCCAGUUCAACUUUGAUCACCCGGAUGCCUUUGAUAAUGAGCUCAUCUUCAAAACACUCAAAGAAAUCACAGAAGGGAAAACAGUUCAGAUACCUGUCUACGAUUUUGUCACCCAUUCCCGGAAGGAGGAAACAGUGACUGUCUACCCUGCGGAUGUUGUGCUCUUCGAGGGGAUCCUGGCCUUCUACUCCCAGGAAGUACGAGACCUGUUUCAAAUGAAGCUCUUUGUGGAUACUGACGCGGACACCCGGCUCUCUCGCAGAGUACUGAGAGACAUCAGCGAAAGAGGGAGGGACCUUGAGCAGAUUUUAUCUCAAUACAUUACAUUCGUCAAACCUGCCUUUGAGGAAUUCUGCUUGCCAACAAAACAAUAUGCUGAUGUGAUUAUUCCUAGAGGUGCAGAUAACCUAGUGGCCAUCAACCUCAUUGUGCAACACAUCCAGGAUAUCCUGAAUGGCGGGCUCUCCAAACGGCAAACCAACGGCUAUCUCAACGGCUAUACGCCUUCACGCAAGAGGCAGGCGUCAGAGUCCAGCAGCCGGCCGCAUUGACCCCCGCCUUCUUCAGCCCCCUAGCCCCCCAUCAAGGGGACGGGAGGGAGGAGGGGUCAGGAGGAACUGUACAUAUUACUUACGACAUUACUGUAUUUAAGAAAAUACCAUGGGGAUAAAAUGCCUUGUUUUUCUUUUCUUUUUUUUUUCUUCUUCCUUCCCUUUUGUACUUUGGAAUGACAAAAUGAAACAGAACUUGACCCCAAGCUUAAAUGACAAACUGUGCCAACUACUACUGGUAAUGCCUAGUUAUGAAUCCAAUGUGUAACCAGUUAUAAAUACAUAUAUAUAU